AUGCAUACCCAACACAUUCUAUGGGCCGCCCUGGCAGCUCUAUCUCACGCCUCCCCAAUCCAAAACACAGAUACAACACCCACCUUCAACAUCAGUACCAAAAGCACCAGAAUCACCAUCCCCGUCCUCCCCCUUCAUCUCCCCCAAAUCAAAACAACAAAUGAUCAACUCCGCCUAUCCUCCCUCCCUUUCGGCGUCUCAAUCACCCACUGCACUGUCCCGGGCACAAUCGCCCUAACCUUCGACGACGGCCCAUUCAUCUACACAUCCCAGAUGCUGGAUACGCUCGCCAUCCACGGUGCCCGCGCUACUUUUUUUCUGAAUGGCCAGAAUAAGGGCAAUAUCUAUGCGUUUCCGGAGUUGGUUCAGCGGACUGUUUCCGAGGGGCAUCAGUUGGGGUCUCAUACCUGGAACCACCUCCCACUGGAUACACUUCCCUACACGGACAUCGUUCGCCAAAUGACAGCCCUGGAAGAAGCGUUCCUGCAAAUCCUUAGUUUCAUCCCAACCUACAUGCGCGCUCCAUACCUGUACAUGAACGCAGUCGUGCUGCAGGCUAUGGCCGAUCUCGGGUAUCAUGUUAUCGGCGCUAGCAUUGAUACGAAGGAUUAUGAGAAUGAUGAUCCUGGGGUGAUCUGGCGCAGUUUUGAGAAGUUCAAGGUUGAGCUUGAUGCUGGGGGGAAUGUUGUGCUUGCGCAUGAUUCGCAUGAGAAUACUGUUGCUGUUCUUGUGGAUAACAUACUUGAGGAGGUUGAGAGGAGGGGGUUGAGUCCUGUUACUAUUGGUGAGUGUCUUGGGGAUCCGCCUGAGUUGUGGUAUCGUUUGGGGAGGUAG